CUCCUCCGCACCGUUUGCUCCUCGCAGCUCCCAGAUGGGGUGAACGUGUCCAAGGAGGCCCGGCGCGCCAUCUCCCAGGCGGCCAGCGUCUUCGUGCUGUACGCGACCUCCUGCGCCAAUAACUUCGCCAUGAAGGCCAAGAGGAAGACGCUGAACGCAGGAGAUGUGCUGGCGGCCAUGGAGGAGAUGGAGUUCGAGCGAUUCCUGGAGCCACUGCGGGACGCUCUGGAAGUGUACAAGAAGGACCAGAGGGGGAGGAAGGAGGUGAGCGAACAGAAACGCAGAGACAAGGAGAGGAAGGCCGACUCCGAGAACGACAAGAGCAGAGAGGAAGAGGAGGAGGAGGAAGAGGAGGAGCAGCAGCGCAUGGAGGAGGAGCCUGAGGAGGAAGCUGAGGAAGAGGAGGACGACAACUGACCCGCUCGGUUCUGAUCCGGUUCAGCCUCUUCAAGCAUUUUAACCGGAAAGCUUCAGCUGAACUCCAGAUCCAGGAUCGGAGUCGUCCUCCACUUUCUCCACAUCCGUCAGGAAUAAAAGGUUCAAGGAUCCGGACCACCAAGCCGGAGCGGUUCUGAUGUCUCCAUGCGGGUCGGUCGUAGUUUCAGUUUGUAUUUUUGUAAACUUGUUUGAAAUCUUUCAAUAAAUGUUUUGUAUAAAACUGAAA